AGGAGAAUAACAACUUUGAGCACGUGACAUCGGCACAUGCCCGCGCUGCCGAGGCUCGCCGCGCCGGCGGCGGCGGCGGCCCCACCCGUCCGUCUUGCGCCGCCGCCCCUGCCACCGCCGCUACGUCCCCACUACCGCUUCUCCUCCUUGAGCAGCAGGAGGCGCUCGCCGCGGCCCCCCUCGGCCACCGCCGCCGACGCGCCCCGCGGAGGCCCGAUCCCGGAGCCCGAGGAACUCGACCUGCUCCUCCUCGCCGCCCUCCGCGCGGCUCGCAUCCGGGACGAGGAAUCUCGCCGCUCAGAUCCUCUUUUCAUCGAUCCAUAUGCUGCAGUUCUUCUUUCACAUGAUGUAGCACAUCAUGAUAUCGGUUAUCUAGCUUCGCAUGCAGUGCCUUGCCAAGACCAUUAUAGGCUGACAACCAGAUAUAUUGAUGACAAAUUACAGAAUUUGAUUAGCAAUUCGGAAGAUAUUAGACAGAUUGUUUUGUUGACAGAUGGAAUGGACACUCGUCCUUACAGGCUGAGCUGGCCUAGGCUAUCUGUUCUGUACGAUGUGUCACCAGGAAAAGUCUUCAGUACAGCGACUCAGCGGCUUAGAGGAUCUGGAGCAAAAGUAUCGCGAAAUUGUGUCUUGCUUCAUAUUCCUUUGGAGUCCCCUGAUUUACUAGAGGUCUUGAGCAAAAAUGGCUUCAAUGGGAAUAGGCUCAGCUUGUGGGUACUGCAGGGCUUACCUCUGCCCACAACCACGAGUUUGGAAAAUCUCUUGCUUGUUAUAAGCAAUUUAGCAAUGAAAGGAAGCAUCUUCAUAGGAGUAUUGCCCCAUUUUCCAGACUGUAUGGCAUCAAUGGACAUGGGCUUGGAACAGGAUAAUCUGGAAAAGCUUUUCUUUACUCAGGGCUUUCGGGUUAGCUUUGUGCAAUAUGAAGAUGUUGCGAAGGAUAUUGACUUUGAUCUACCUAAUUCAUGGGAACUACGUGGCGGAGUGCUUUUUGUUGCAGAACAACUGAGGUUUUCAGAUGCCCAGAUGGAGAGCUUCCGGUUGCAUUUCGAAAGAAUAGAGGAGGAUGCCGAUGAAGAAGGAUUUGAGGAACUCUAGUCGGUUAUGCGAUGUGGCUUUAGCUUGUGCAGAAACCUUGCCAUGUGUCAGAAGAGAGCUGGUACAGACAGGGCCGUGCUAGUAAAAUUCAAGCCAAGUUUCUUCUCGGAGAGGAGUCGAAGAAUCGGGGAUCUUUAGAACACAACUUGUCUGUUGAUAAAGCCACGCUUACUUCAGUGUUUGAUCAAUAAAAGUGCUUGGCUUUUUUCUCACUUAUUUUGUAUUGAUUUUGCAUUGUUGGAGCAGAUGUGAAAUGCUGAACUGAACUGGCGCAUGGUUCUCCCAACCCAAGCUGCGGCCUUAAGCGUGAGAGAAUAUGUGGCUAGCUGAUGCCAAAAUAUACUUGAGCAUGGCAUGUAUGCCAGAGCAUGGGAACCCCAGAUAAGGAAGCAAUCAAAUAUUGAGAAUGUAGUAGCAAUGUUCAGUCAUGUUUGUUCGUUACUCCUGAGCACAUGGACAAUCUAAAUUCAGUCAUGUU